AUGACUACAUUCCCGGGACCAAUUUUCCGAACGGCGCCAUUCCCAAUGCCACUAUUCAAUCCGCUUUUCUACCAGAGAAACAUGAUACGUUUCGCUGGAGUUCCUACAUUCUCCUUUCCCGGAUUUAUGCCAGCUAGCGGCGAUGGAUUUCCUCCACAACAAAUGGAUCCUCUUUUCUCACAAAACGUCCCCUUGGAUUUUUGUCAGCGCAAGUCGCGCGAUGACUGA